GAACACCAACUCCGCUGAAAGAAGAGCCAACCACAAUGCCGUCGAACGCGCACGACGUGAGUGUCUCAAUAGCAAAUUUCAGGAGCUUGCUCAUGCUCUUCCUUCCUUGGCGCAAGUUCGCAGACCGUCGAAAUCAAUCAUCGUACAAAAAUCCUUAGAAUUUAUUCUCCUUGCCCAACAAAAAGAUGAAAUGCACGAGAAAGAUUUACGGGAGAUGCGAAAUGAAAACGAUAUGCUGCGGGAAGAGAUUAAUAGACUUAGAGAACAACUUGGAUUGGAACCUCUCCCACCACGCGAAGAUACAAACCCUUCACCUUCAGAUGAUGCGAAGGAGGACGCAAUAUCAUCUAAUAAUACCGAUGGUGGUAAUUCAGAGGAUGAAUACGAGGUGGAUUCAACAACAGAUAUGGUGACUGGUAAGAUGGACGAACAAAAUCAAAAUAUUAAUGAAAGCCAGCAACAUUCAUGUUUAUAUGAUAAUCAAACAGAUUUAACGUAUAUGCUAGACCAUACUAGCUUUCCUCAGGACUUUGAUUUCUCAUCACUUCAAUUGCAUCCUUCACUGGAUCCGAUGAAUGAUGCUACUGGUCUCAAUUUAAGUUUUGAAAGUCCUGUGCAUGGCGAUAUUGGAAUGUAUAGUAGUCCUUAUUCUCUAACUCAAAAAUUCUAUCCAUCUCCACCAUAUCAAGCCGCAAUUCUGGACAUUAAUGGUCAUAUUCCUGGCUAUUCCUUGUCACCCGAAUCGCCGCACAUAUAG